UCCCCCUCCAUCCCACUUCUCACCGCCUGACCUUUCGGUGAUAGUGUUAUCAGCACGUGACACCCCUUAAAUAUCGAUAGUUAUCGCUCAUCAUCUACUAUCUAUAUUCUUCUUUCCUCUCGCAAGGAGGCCCUCAGUGUUGCGGCCAUGUCUGGGGAUAUUCCAGGUCAAGCCUCAGAUGUGCACCUGCUCAUCAAUGAGGCAAAGGCACUAGUGUCGCAGCUCUAUGAUCCGGCAAAUACUGGCAACCCCGCCAAGAUUAAGGCGAUCCAAGAGCACCUGCAGAGUCUUCAGAAAGGCCCUCAAGCAUGGCUCAUCGCAAAUCACCUUCUCGCUGAGGACAACACUGACCUGAGAUUCUUUGGAGCUCUGACUUUCACUGUAAAAAUAAAUCAGGAUUGGCAACACCUGAGCACAGAAGAAGCCCAGGAGCUACUAGGACGGCUGCUUGAUCAUUAUGUUAUGUUGGUCAAUGGUGGCGAGCGUUCUUUAGUCGUACGAAAACUAGCUUCCAGCUUAGCGACCAUCUUCCUGAAACCCAACGCUCCUUGGACACGGGCACUCUGCAAUCUAGCGGCUUCCUUAGCAGAUGGCAAGUAUGUCUCGGAGGAACAUUGCAAGGAUGUCGACCUGAGAAAUACCGUGCUCCCCACGUUGUCUGAGGGCCAGGUAACUUCCUUGCUCUACUUCUCUAAUACUCUUGGAGAGGAGAUUCACAAAUGGAGCUCCGAAGCCCGUCGCAAUCGAGAUGAUCACCCGGUUUCUGAGAACAUCAAGGAUGCUUUUGUACUUGUCGACGUCGUUCUUGGUCACAUACUGCAGCAGGUUGCAUCAGGGGCUCACUUGUCUGAGGAUAGUCUUGGGGAUGAAGCCAUUAAUUCCUACCAGACAUGGAUGUCCGUCCGAAGCGCAUUUCAGCUUCGUGACACGAUACCUGUAUCGCAACUCGCUCCUACUACGACCUACGUGAUUCAAUGCAUGAGGAUUCCAGUUCUGUCGAAAACUGCGACCCAAGUCGUGGUCGAGUUGAUAGAUUGGCGGGACACAAUCUUCACUCCAGGUCAUAUCAGCGCCAUCUUGGACUAUAUUGUUUGUGACUAUGGUACUGCGCAUAUUGCUUCAUUGAUGGAGGGCGAUUUCGAGGAUGAAAAUUUGACCUUCUUGGAGCUUCUCCUGGCAUAUUCAACACUACAGCAACGGGAUCUGCUAACGACAGCAUUGGACCCGCAACAUGAGAAAGUACUCGCUCUGCUACACACACUUUUUAAAGCGCCUGGCUAUGCAUCGGUGGACGAUUCGGCUUCUCCUUUGGUUCUUGAAUGGUGGACUGAGGUUGCCGAUGAUCUUCAGGAAAUAUAUGUGGAUUCGGAAGAUCAAACGGGGCUUGGACCUGCGAAGCACAACCUUGCUCGUGCAGCAUUGGAUUGUUUCGAGAAGCUCAAGUACCCCAGUCCAGCAGAGUUGCAAGACUGGAGCGACGAUGAACGCAGUGAGUUCGGGGCUUUUCGGCGGGACGUCUGUGACUUUCUUCUGGCGAUAUAUCCAAUGCUGGGUGUAGAACUGGUUCAGGUCUUUCAGGAGCGAGCGAGAUCGUCGCUUCAACAGCAGGAUUGGCGAACGUUCGAGGCCUCCAUCUUCUGCGUUGCUCAGCUCUCUGAGGCUGUCGAUGAGAACCAACACGCUGAUGAAUGCCUCAAUUCAAUAUUCUUCUGUGAUGAAUUCGCAAACUUAUGUGAGGGGAACGGAGUAGUCAUCCCAGACAAACCACGUCAAACGUUGGUGGAUAUGCUCGGAAAAUAUCAGUCAUACUUUGAGCGCACACAUGCUCUGCUUCCCCGGGUGCUAACGUUUCUCUUUGCGUCCCUCGAAGUUGGUCCCUGCGCGUCAGCAGCGUCCAAGUCGAUCGCAUAUCUCUGCAAGUCAUGCCGCAAUGCGCUUACGCUGGAGCUGCCUGCCUUCAUUGGGCAAUUUGAGCAAUUCCGCUUCAAGCCCACAGCUACGGCUCACACUAUGGAGAAAGUGCUGGAGGGCAUCGCUGCGAUCAUACAAACCGUACCCGAGGAUGGCGCAAAAGCCCAGUACCUCGAGCAAAUCCUUCGGAUUUUUCAUGAGCAGGCAACCGCAGCCCGUGAAGAAGCUGCCAAUGGGCUCAUUGAGCAAGCACAGAGCCGUGCCCAGCUCGUGCUACGAUGCGUUGCCAGCGUUGGCAAGGGUCUCCGAACCGAUGGUGAGAUCAACUUAGACUCUCACGAAGACAAGGAAGCAGAUGCUUACCCGCCAACUUUCUGGAAUAUGGGCGAUGGGGCUGUUGUACAGAACCUCAUCAUGCAGUCCAUGCAGCUCCUCAUGACUGGUUUCCCUGUUGAUGUGGCGAUUAUCGAAGCUACCUGCGACAUACUAAAAGCCGGCUACACUGAGCGGACGGGCCCCUAUGUGUUCCCACCGAUGAUGACUGUGAAUUUUGUGAAGAGUAUCCCCCUGGGUAGUGCGGGUACCGAUAUGGUCAUGGGCACUGCCUCCGCCUUUCUUGCAUCACACAGCUCCCAUCCACAGCGAAUUCGUGAUGAGACCGUUGCGUUGAUCGUCCACGUUUACGAGACAUUCUGCUGGAUGCAUGAGAAACCAGAGUGCUACGAUCCCGAAGUCGCCAACAGCGGGAUCGAUUUCCUGACGCGCUUGCUUCCGAAAUACCACCCUUUCCUCUUCGCGCUCACCUCUAUACCGCAGGAACCCGGCCCGACGGCCACUCAGUCGCGACCAACUAUUCUAAACGCUAUCUUGAACUUCACACUGAUCUCACUGCAAGGCCCCGAACCCCUUCCGCUCCGCUCCGCCUCGCAAUUCUGGGUGAGCGUGUUGAACCUCCCCGGUGAUGCCCCACCUAUUCAGAAUGCCAUCCGUGAAUGUCUGCCUGCCCUCUGUCGGAUUUUGAUGACACAAUUCGCCGGCAGAUGUGCCCGGUCGGAUCUCGAGCACCUGUGCGAGGUGCUUCGCAAAGUCAUUUUCAAGCAACAGGGUGCGGCUCGGCCGCAUCUUACUGCGGCGUUGGCCGAGCUGGAUGAGGCCGUUGAUCAACACCAGCGACCAGCCGUCACACCAGAAGAACGACAACGCUUCCUUGCGUCAUUGUUGGCCGCAAGGGGCGCCAGAACACAGACCAGUCAAUUGGUACGCUCGUUCUGGGUCAAGUGCCGGGGUGACUCGUUCAAUUACGUCGGAUAGGGAUCGUAGGAUAGUCUGAACAGGUUCA